AUGACCGCUACAGCCGGCCUGUAUUGCACACUCCUUUUCGAUCUUGGACGCUUGCGGGUUCUCGGUUCACGUCGCCUCAACCCACACAUCCAAUGUAACGAACAUCGAACAGACGAACAGACGAACAGACGAACAUACGAACUAACAAUCGAUCAAUCAACUCCCAAAUCACGGCCUCGCCUCACGUCUGCUCGUCUGCGCCACCUUUUGCUCAGCCGCCGUGAGGCCUCAACCUGCACAGCCGAAAUGGCCCAAUCGGCUGCUCGAACGUCUAGCCACGUCUGGCUGGCCCUCCAAUCAGACACUCACCUUCAUCCACUCGCCCAUUGGCUCGUUCGCUUUGUCUGGCAAAUUGCCUCCACCAGGUCAGUGACUUGA